UGUCCGUGUGCCUUGGGGACCGGGGAGAGGGACCCCUGAGAGGGAGGGAUAACCGGAAGUGGGCGACCCAAGGAGAGAGACCCCAGGAAAUGGGGACACCUGGGGAAGGGGUGUCAUCCGGAAGUGGGGGGCCUCCAAAGACUGCGGACGGGAGUAGAGUCUCUGGGGCUCCAGGAGCGAUGACAUCCUGUCCUCCCCUUGUUUGGGUGGCGUGGGGAGGAAGGUGAUGCUCACAGAAUGAUGGACUCCAGGGAUCCUGGUGGCUAAUGUCAGAAGAAAGCGACUCUCUGAGAACCAGCCCUUCUGCGGCCUCGCUUUCCGAAAAUGAGCUGCCGCCCGCCCCCGAGCUUCCCGGCUAUGUGUGCUCGCUGACGGAAGAGCUGGUCACCAAGGCCAGGGAGGAGCUGCAGGAGAAGCCGGAAUGGAGACUUCGAGAUGUCCAGGCCCUCCGGGACAUGGUGCGGAAGGAGUGCCCGAACCUGAGCACCUCGCUGGACGACGCCUUCCUGCUGCGCUUCCUCCGAGCCCGCAAGUUCGACUACGACCGGGCCCUGCAGCUCCUGAUCAACUACCACAGCUGCAGGAGAAGCUGGCCCGAAGUCUUCAAUGACCUGAAGCCCUCGGCCUUAAAAGACGUGCUCGCUUCCGGGUUCCUCACCGUGCUGCCCCACACCGACCCCCGGGGCUGCCACGUCCUCUGCAUCCGCCCAGACAGGUGGAUACCGAGCAACUAUCCAAUUACCGAAAACAUCCGAGCCGUAUACUUGACGUUAGAAAAACUCAUUCAGUCUGAAGAAACCCAAGUGAAUGGAAUUGUCAUCCUUGCAGACUACAAAGGAGUGAGCUUAUCAAAAGCGUCUCACUUUGGCCCUUUCAUAGCCAAAAAGGUGAUUGGCAUCCUUCAGGACGGUUUCCCCAUUCGGAUAAAAGCAGUGCACGUGGUGAAUGAGCCGCGCAUAUUUAAGGGCAUUUUUGCCAUCAUAAAACCGUUUCUGAAGGAGAAAAUAGCAAACAGGUUUUUCCUCCACGGGUCCGACCUGAACUCGCUCCACACAAGCCUCCCGAAAAGCAUCCUCCCCAAGGAGUACGGGGGCACGGCCGGCGAGCUGGACGUCACCGCCUGGAACGCGGUGCUGCUGGCCUCGGAGGAGGACUUCGUGAGGGAGUUCUGCCAGCCCAUCCCCGCCUGCGACAGCAUCCUGGGCCCGGCCCUGCCGGCCGAGGGCCCGGCCUCAGACGCCCAGUGCGACGACUCCGUGCGGGCCGUGAAGUCACAGCUGUACUCCUGCUACUAGCGCGUCCCCGUGAGCAUCGCCACCUUUGAGUCCUUUCCUUUUCCCGUUGGGGGGGCACACGGAGAAUUUCCGGUGCCAUGGGCUCGUUCUUGCCCCUCGUCAGUGCGCUGCAGCUCGGAGGAAGGCCUGGAUUGCCCCGAGGGCAAGCCGAGGGGUGCGCCCUGGAUUACUUGAAUCAUUCCACGGAAGACCCAGAAAACGUUUCCAGUGAUUCCCAAAUGUCUGGAAUCCCAGUUUGCAACCGUUAAUCUGGAAGCUGUGUCUGGUUCUCACACAUCUCAAAGCGAGAAAAAUCAGGACCCAAGUCGCUUUGGCCCCACGUCCCAGGAGAAGAAAAUGACCCGAUGGGCCGGUCAGCACGUUCCUCUGAAACGCUUUGGUCGAGGCUGCAAGGUGGCCACACGUGAGCCUGCGGGGGGUUGUGUCUUUCACUCGACCCCUGACCCCAGACUUCAGUUGCUCAUCAGGAAUCGACACGUCGGAGGCCCAGGCCCGUUGCCGUCGGGGGUUUGGAAAGCACCUUAUCUGGAUCGGGCACCCGUCGGGACCGAGCAGCACUUGUGAUCGCGUUCGGGAGCCAGAGGCUCCAAGCACCAUGGGAUUCCUUGGUCAAAUCUUGCAAUAGAAACUCGUUUCCCCAAGUCCAUAAAGCCUUAGCCCUGGUUCUCAGCAGAAUCACGCAGGGUCCUAGAAGUACGUAAUUUCACUCAACCCUAAAUGCUGGUGCCAGGCCUGCGUAGCUAAAAGAUUUCGAGCCUGAGAAUUAAGAGACUUGAGCCCCAGCCUCGGUGUGUGACUGUGGACAAGGCCUGGCCUCCAAGCCUCCGUCCUCUCGUCUGCGGGAGGAGGCUGGGUGAAACGCCCCCGGGGGCCCUUGGGCUGCUGCGGCUCUGGGUUCCAGACAUCGUUUUUCUGUCUAGAAAGAUGACCCUCUAGGUGCAAGUGGCUGGAUCGUUCUUUGGGGUACACCUGGGCCUUCCCAGGAGGGAUGUAUCGCUCCCCAUUGGGCCCUGCCUUUAAAGGAAUAAGUUUGUGUGUUCCCGGGGCCCAGCGAUACUAACUUCCUUCUCAUAGUGAGGGUUAGACGUGAAGAGGGUGGCUCUGUGGGGGCAGGCAGGUGAGGUGACCAGGAUCUUAUAUGGGUUUCCCGCAUCCCUGAGGUUCUGUAAAGUGGCAGCAGGGGGUGGCUGAAUUACUGGGGUUCAGAAAUUUUGGUCUCUGGAAGUGAGUUCAAGGGCAGGUUAUUGCUAGGCCACUUCUGGGGCCCCUGCCCUCCCUAACCAUCCUGCAUUUCUUUCUGGUGUGGGCGGACACACUUCAGCCAGCCUGAGUGUCUUGCAUCUCGACACUUUAGAUCCUUCCUGUGAAGAAGUUAGCCUUUGCCCAGGCAUCAGAUGACAGGGUUCAUCGUGUGGCUUUUGACCUAUUUCCUUUCCUGUUCAUUCCCUGUAAAUUAUGUUAAAAAGCGACAAGAACUGUGUGUUGUGUGUGUACCUUCUCUGUGCACUUACCAGGCCACCAGGCACGGUGGACAGCUUGGUUAGGGAGGGAACAGUGCACUGAAAUUAGAAGGCCAGUCUGUUGCGAAUAAGCUGUUUAUCUUCAUAGCACUUUUGAAAAUGUCUGGAGAAGGUGGUGGUGGAGAUUACUUACCUCGUUAGUGCCAAUUCUAGGGAGAGCUCGAGUCACCCUUGGUACUGCCCCCAGGUCCCUCGGGGCCUGGCUGAGCUGCAGGUGCCAAAAUGCACACCCUGGCCGCCUCGAGUCCCAUCUGGUGACGAUGGUGUGACCCGCGUAGCUGAAGAGAUCUAAGUGGGACCCGUGGGGCGGCCAACGUAGGUAGAGGGUUCGGAGCCCGUCUGCCUGGAGAGGCAAACCGGUUAGAGGCUUGACUAGGUCCCAAAGAGGAGAGAGAUCAAAACAACAAACAAAACAAAAAAAGCUAGACAGGAAAAUGAGUUGCUCGGCCCCACCGGGCUUCCAGGGCUGAAACUCUGCGUUGCCUUUGUCGGUGUGAUGUCACCUGGGUGGCCAGGCUCUCUGUCUCAGAGGCCAGGAAGGAUGUUUCGGCCUCUGUGGCUGAACCAAGGAGCCAUUCCUUACAGCGCGUGGGAGGAGUCGGAGCCAGCGAGUGUCCGCCUGCCUGCUGGAGCGGCUGUGCUUUGUUCUGGCUCCAGAGAGAGAUCCCGCACACAGUCUGGGCACCUCUGGGGUCCAAACCAGGCUGGGAAAGCAGGCCCGCCCCGGGUUGGAGCUCACGGCAGCCUGGCUCCACCAGGCAUGUCUGUAGUUCCCCAGCAGGGGCAGGGGAGCACUCAGGGAGCCUUGCUCCACAGUGGGGGCUCACUGAGGGCACCCCAGCGGACAGGCGGAGGACUGGGAGCGUUUGCCUUUAGGGAAAAACCUCGGCCUGUUCCGCGGGCACCCAAAAUGAACUUCUCCCGAAGUUCAGCGUAGCACAGUGUAGGGAAGGGAAGCACGAAUCAGCAGUAAUGCGUUCUAGCUGUACCUUGGUGUGUGGCUUUGGGUGAGUCCCUGAGCACCCCAGAGUCAUCAUGUACUAACGGGAUCACACCCCGACUGAGAACUCUGCUCCUGGCAUCAGCCACCCUGUCACAGGGUCCCUGCGUCACAGGGACACUGUCUUAUUAGGGGCCCUCUCAUCGGGGCCAUUCAGGAAAUGUAGGUCAGAAUGAACUGGCGCUUGCAGCUUCCAAGUGAAUCUGUAAGUUGAGGUACUACGGGGUUCCCCCCCUUUCUUCCCACAUACCACCACACAGGAGAGCGUCUCUUCCCGGAACCCCACCGUGUGUGCGUGGGGAAGGGCCGGACUUCACAGGAAGGGAGUGCAGGAGCAGCAGGACACGCGAGCCUGGCUUCCUCUCGCCUGCCCUUCCACGGAGGCGGCUCUAGCUCCCUCGCGCCUCAUUCUGCUUCCCAGGAGCUCCCUGUCCUCAAGUUUACAAGCACUUCAGCUUACAAGCUGCUACUUUUUUUUUUUUUUUUUUUGCC